AUGGAGGAGUCCGGAGAAAAUUGGCCUUGUGAUUCUGAUUUGGAAAUUUGUGAUGAUGAUUUUUUUGAAGACGGAGAAUCUGAAUCGUUUGAUGAUGAAAUUGGAGAUUCCACCGACAGAAAUGGGAGAUAUGAGAGGGACCUUAGAGAAAAAAUGCUGACACUUUCAGCCAUCAUACCUGGUUUGAAAAAGAUGGACGACACUUCGAUCCUAGAAAAAGCUAGACAGUAUGUGAAACAACUUCAAGAACGUGUUAAAGAGCUAGAAAAAGAUGUUGGAUCAAACAAUAAUUAUAGCGACAAUUGUGGAUCAAGUAAUAAUAUUCUUCCCGAUGUGGAAGCAGUAGUGUUACAAAAGCAAGUUCUUAUCACAAUCCACUGUGAGAAACAAAAGAGUGUUAUGCUCAAAAUACUUACCCAACUUGAAAAUCUUCAUCUUUCAGUAGUGAGUAGCAGUGUUUUGCAAUUUGGAAAAUCCACCCUUGACGUAACCAUCGUUGCCCAGAUGGGUGAUGGAUACAACAUUAGAGUGGAUGAACUAGUGAAAACACUCAGAAGAGUGAUCUUGACACAAUAG